ACAGGCUGCGUGCGCCGUACAAAAGAUGGCUGUGCUGUAAACAAAAAAUAAAUAAAUAAAUGUCACGCCCCUUUUAGAGAAUAAUAAUAAAAAAAAAAGAAAAGAAAGAAGGAAAAAAACCAAAACACCUUUUUUUCCAUCUUCACUCUUCGCUAAUCGGUACUCAUUACGGUCGGGGUGUGUUUUACGUAUUUUUUUCCGCGAUAUUGUCGUUACCCGUGAUUGUUGUCGUUGUUUCCGCGGUACAAGUCGACGCUGUCGUCAAACCGAACGCUACCGCCGCCGACCGGUGUAGCAUCGCUCGGGACCAGUGACCACCGACCACAACGCCGCACAAGAGCGCCCUUUGUCUAGCUCUGCUGUUGACUGAUCAGACGACAACGACGAAGACAAAUAAAAUAAAAUUAUGACUGAAUACAAACUGGUCGUCGUCGGUGCUGGCGGCGUCGGUAAAAGUGCCUUAACAAUACAGUUAAUACAGAACCACUUUGUGGACGAGUAUGAUCCAACGAUUGAGGAUUCUUAUCGUAAACAAGUAGUAAUUGAUGGAGAAACGUGUCUACUUGAUAUUUUAGACACGGCGGGUCAAGAAGAAUAUAGUGCUAUGCGUGAUCAAUAUAUGAGAACCGGUGAAGGUUUUCUUCUUGUAUUUGCUAUUAAUAAUACCAAAUCAUUUGAAGAUAUCAGUAAUUAUAGAGAACAGAUAAAACGAGUAAAAGAUGCAGAGGAUGUCCCAAUGGUUUUGGUAGGCAAUAAGUGUGAUUUACAAAGUAGAGCGAUAGAUGUUAAAGCAGCAUCUGAUUUAGCUAAACAAUAUGGUGUACCAUUUAUUGAGACAUCAGCUAAAACGAGACAAGGUGUCGAUGAAGCGUUUUACACUUUGGUUAGAGAAAUUAGAAAAGAUAAAGAACAAAGGUUGCGAGAAAAACGUAAAGCGAAACCAAGAAGGAAACGCAAGCACUGUUACCUCUUUUGAAUAUAAGUGAAACAAAUGGAAUUUUUUUAUUUAAAUUAAAAAAGGACCGAACAAGAGUGUCCUCGUCGUAUUUUAAUUAAUGUUAACACACUUUAGGCUCAGGAAAGUGUGUUUUCAUAAUUUAUAAUAUUGUUCAGUUAAAAGCAUGUAUUGAAUAUAUUUAUUUGAAUGAUAAACAAAAAAAAAACAUAAUAACUUUUGGAAUCCCCCGAUCAAUAGAAAUUUAUGUUCAAAGAAAGAACACUAUACAGAGGACCCCUUUAACAAGCUGACAUCUUGUUUWGAGAUCCGAUUUUAAUAUUACUAUUUUUAUCGUCUUAUUAUUAAUAAAAAUUUAAAAAAUAUA